ACCCAAAACCAAAUGUUGGGACGAGGGAAGAGGGAGGGCUGCUGCAGCCAAAAGAGAAGUUGGCUGUCGCGCAGUCAGGAACACUUGACGGACUUUCGCUGGUGUAAAAGUGGGGACGAGCACCUGUAAACGGCAACCUUUAAGAUAUUUAACAUGAAGACGAAACAGUAGGCGAGAAAAUCGCGAAGGUUAACGGGUCGGCCAGGGCUCAACAUGGAUGUUCGGGUGGGCGACGGUGCGGCUCUGAGCUGGAGUUAAGGCCGUUUACGGGCUAUUUCUGGUCGACAGUUUGUCCCGCGUGACAUUGGAGCUCUUUUGUGGGUUGAAAGCUCGACGUCAGCGGUGUUGUCGCGAGGAACAACUCUGCAAAGAUGCUGAGGUUGUGGAGGAGAGAUGUGCCCCUCUCAGAGAGACUUGGGGCGGACUCCCCUUCGGAUGCCCUGCCAGGCUCCCCAGUGACGCUGCCACCAGGAGGGCCCAACAUUUCCUGGCUCCCCGAACCCCCCUUGAUGAGCGAAGACCAGCCCAUAUUCCUCAUGACCCCCGCGGCCCAGGCUGUCUCUGGUUUUUUUGUCUGGUCCGCCCUACUGUUUACCUGUCAACAGAUCUACAUGCAUCUGCGUUUCUAUAGCUCACCCCGGGAGCAACGGCACAUUGUGCGAAUCCUCUUCAUCGUCCCCAUCUACGCCAUUGACUCUUGGCUCAGUCUGCUCUUCUUCACCAAUGACCAGUACUACGUGUACUUUGACACCAUCAGGGACUGCUACGAGGCGUUUGUGAUAUACAACUUCCUGAGUUUGUGUUAUGAAUAUCUCGGAGGAGAGAGCGCCAUCAUGGCAGAGAUCCGAGGGAAACCCAUCGAGUCCAGUUGCCUGUUCGGCACCUGCUGCCUGAGGGGAAAGGCCUACUCCAUCGGCUUCCUGCGCUUCUGCAAGCAGGCCACGUUGCAGUUCUGCGUGGUCAAGCCGCUCAUGGCCACCAUUACUGUCAUCCUGCAGGCGUACGGCAAAUACAAAGAUGGAGACUUCAACAUUGCCAGCGGUUACCUCUACAUCACCAUCAUCUACAACAUCUCAGUGAGCUUGUCUCUGUACGCUCUCUUCCUCUUUUACUUUGCCACCCGGGACCUACUCAGCCCUUACCGACCUAUACUGAAGUUCUUCAUGGUCAAGUCGGUCAUCUUCCUCUCCUUCUGGCAGGGUGUGUUACUGGCCGUUAUGGAGAAGUGCGGCGCCAUCCCGCAGAUUCAGUCAGUGGACGUGUCCGUCGGCGAGGGGACUGUCGCCGCUGGUUACCAGAACUUUAUCAUUUGCAUCGAAAUGUUUUUUGCGGCGCUGGUUCUGCGUCUGGCCUUCACGUACACGGUCUACAUGAACAAAAGUAUAAAUGAACAAGGGCGCUGUGCCCCGAUGCAGAGCAUCUCCAGCAGCCUGAAGGAGACCAUGAACCCGGGCGACAUGGUCCAGGAUGCUAUUCACAAUUUCUCCCCGGCCUACCAGCAGUACACCCAGCAGUCGACGCUGGAGCAGGGCGUCCCGGUGCCCGUGUUGCGCUCCUUCAACAGCGUCCAAAACUACGGAGACACCGAAAAAACCCUUCUGCUGAGCUCAGACGAUGAUUGCUAGACACAAAUGUACUCUAUCCUCUCGAAGAAGUGGGUCGAUCCUUAAGCGUGCACGUGUGUGUGCGAGUGAGAAUGUGAGAAUUAGUGUUCUUUUAUUUCAUGAGAGCAUGAAUGCAAGUAUGUAUUAAAAAAAAAAAAGCACAUUUCACCUGAACACUAAGAUAGUUCGGUAUUUUGAAAAAAAAAAAAAAAAAAAAACACCUGCUUAGUAAAUAACUUUAAUUUUGUUUAAGGAUGUCUUGUUUUGAAUUUCUACUCCAAGGUUUGCUUUUCAUAGCCGAACUGUGUUUUGCCUGUAUUUUAUUCCGAAAAUAUUGUGAUGUUUGGCUUUUUGGGCAUUUGCUAUAUUUCAUGAAACCCUGAAAAUGACUUUGAGAAUAUAGUAUCACUUUGCAAU